AGCGUUCUUUUUCUUCGGAUCUAUCAGUCCGAAAUCAUGGCCCCUCGUUUUGAAAUCGCAGUAGGCCUGCGAAAAGGCCACAAAACAACUAAAAUAUCCGCUGGCCGCAAGGGUAUCACAGACAAAGCCAUCAGAAUUAGGCCAGCUAGACUAAAGGGUCUUCAAACGAAACACUCCAAGUUUGUCCGUGAUUUAGUACGCGAAGUUGUCGGACACGCUCAAUAUGAGAAGAGGGCUAUGGAGUUACUUAAGGUGUCAAAAGACAAGCGUGCUCUGAAGUUCUUGAAGCGACGAUUGGGCACACACAUCCGCGCCAAGAGGAAGCGUGAAGAACUUAGCAACGUGCUCGCUCAGAUGAGGAAGGCAGCCGCCCAGGCUCAUCACCAUCACCAUUAAGUGAUAAAUAAACUAAUUUACGUUU